GGCAACAGCCUUUCGCGCAUAAUUAUAUCCGUACGUAGAGUUCAUUACAAUCGGAGUGUUUACCAUUUUUUAAUCUCUUGUUUUCAAAAUUGAUAGCAAAGUGCCGCGUCUGGUGUCUGAUUUUAUCGAAUGUAGAAGCUUCCUCGCGUGCCAAUGGUCGAUUUCCAGUGCUCAAAAAUAAGAUAUUCGUCUUUUAGUGUUUGACAUUUGGAAGACAACAUAUGCAACAGUGCCCCUCUUGCGAGAUGUCGGCUUAAGGCUAUUUUUAGAGGAGUUUGCUGCAGUUUUGUGAGAUGAUUGCAGUUCUUGCUCGAAUACGAUCGUCUUGGGAUUAGGAGAGAGAAACUAUGACAGCGAUAUCUUCGUGAGAAACUUCUUCAUGAAGGGCAUACGGCUAACUCAAUGGGCUUUUUAAAACCUACCAACCAUUUCCGAUCAAGGCCACCAGGAAGAAAAAAGUAGCCCAUUCUAGACCUCUCCAAAAUGUAUACGAACCGGAAAUCGUUCAUCAUCAAGCUACUGGUGGGUUGUUGCGCCCUAUACUUGUUCAUCCACGUGUUUACCAACACGGCGGUACCGGUCAUCAGGGAAAUGCAGGAGUCAGGCAGGAAUCUAGCUGCUCUCGGUACUGACAAUCUGGAAGUACCCGCCGUCCUAGACGAAGACAGCGCCAAGGAAGUAGUAGCGGCCAAAGACUUAUUGGAAUCAGAACAAGUUCCAGACAAAACUGAACCGGAAGAAGUUUCACCUUCUUCUAAAGCCAUUCCUACUAUUUUAGAUAGAGUACGAGAAGUAACUAAUUGCGUAGACAAACCUCUGGUGCCAAAGAUACAACAACGAGGCGAUUAUUGGGUACUUUACAACUACAUCCCGGCUGAAGUCAGUCACAGAUGUCACGAAAGCAUCACAUACACAACUCAUGCGGAUUAUUCCUUCAUGGACAACUUAGUGCCAUUGCUGGAGCGGUGGAACGGACCUAUAAGUAUAGCCCUUCACGCUCCAGGAACUGAUUUUGAAAAUACUCUCGAAUCCAUAGGGUACCUUAGGGAUUGCACCACGCCCAUGGUCAAGCAAUUGGUGACCUUCCAUAUUUAUUUUAGUACGAAACACGUUCCCAAAGAGGUUCCUAAACACGACAACGUAUUCAUCGAAACCUACAACUGCUCGGUGGUACCACCCUUCCUGAACGUUUCCAGCGAGAAUAUGUACAAAGCUCAGAAAAAGUUGUUGUAUCCCGUGAAUGUGGGUCGAAACGUCGCUCGAGAGACUGCGCAGACUCACUUCAUCCUUCCCUCGGAUAUUGAACUGUAUCCUAGUCCAAGUGUGAUAGAGAAGUUCCUAGCUAUGAUCGCCGAAAACAGUGGGCCACUGCAGAACAAACACUCUAAAGUAUACCCUCUGACUAUUUUCGAAGUGAGUGCCAACCAGCAAGUACCGGAGAACAAGACUCAGCUGCGCGAGAUGCUGGCUAACGGUACUGCUAUACCUUUCCAUAAAAAGCUGUGUCCCGGAUGCCAUACGGUGCCGAAAGCCAAGGAAUGGCAAUCGGCGAACGAGACUCAAGGGCUGCACGUGUUCCACGUGGGUAAAAGGAACGGGAAGUUCGUCCAUUGGGAACCUAUCUUCAUAGGUACUCACGCGGAUCCGUUGUACGACGAAAGACUUAGUUGGGAGGGGAAGAUGGAUAAAAUGACACAGGGUUAUGCUUUGUGCGUAUUGGACUACGACUUCAUGAUCCUGGACAACGCGUUCCUUGUCCACAAACCGGGAAUAAAGAUCUACAAGAAGGAUCCCAGACGAGCGAUGCUAGCUGGCAAGACCCACCAGCUCAUCAACAAGAUCAUAUUCCCCGAACUCAAAGUCCUAUACGGAGUUCGAAAAGGCUGUGCUGUGUGAAAAUAUAUGUUUAAUGAACUGUAGAGGAAUGUACUAAAGCCAUUUAAAUAGGAAAUACAUCGAUGUGAGGUAUUUUAAAAAUUGUAUUUUUUACUUAUUGUGAUCUAUUGAUAUACUAUCGUUUUUAAGCACGCAGUAGAUUUAGUAUGUAUAUAUUCUGAUAUUUAUAGAUUAGGAUAAGAUUUUAUUUAAGGAAAGUGGAAAAAUUGGCAACUUUUUUAUCUUUAAUUCCAAAUUGGAACCAACAAUUUCGUUUGCUUCAAAAAAUACUGUUCUGAAGCUGUUUCUUUGUGGCAUCUCAUACAAUUUACUAUUUUAUUGGGAAAUAAGCCACAGUUUAAUGUAAAAAUGAAAGUUAUUGACAUUUCGACUUGCACUUCGGAGCUCGUUAUCUAAAUACAAAAUAUUUAUAUAUAUCAAAAAUACUGAGGCUUGGCUUACUUGCCAAAAAAAUACUGAAGAAACAGUCGCUUAUUAAGGCCACACGUGUCAUCGUUUACCAACAGAUGGCGCAAAAGACAUCAGUUUUGUUAGAUGAAAUAUUCCAAUUUUUCCAUUAAUCUGUAUUAGAAAUACCACUUUUUAAGUCUUUUUUCAUUACUGCCAACUCCUUUAACGUUAAAAUUAGUCUAAACCGUUAAACGUGACCCUUUUGUAAUUGUUUUAUUCAAUUCGAAAUAUACACAAUCAUUUUCUAGUUACAUGAAAAUCAUCAUCACCAAAUUACAUCACAAUAUUAUAAGAAAAUAGUAUUCUGCAUUUGUUUAUGUGAAAAUUACAUUUCAGCAGCGUACAGGAUUAUAUUUUCCAGAUAAUGCACAUUUACGAAAGCCAUUCUACGGUUCACAAAUAGUGGACAUCUCUAUAUGUUGUCUUUACCAAAAAAACUUGAUUGGGAUUCCAAAAAUUUGUAUUCCCUGUACAUUUCUUAACAAAGGUUGACAGCUAAAACGACUUCUUCCCUUUUAGUUCUGUAUGUGCCCUUCUGUAUAUUAUCCUAGUUGUAUAUAUACGAAAAAAACUAUUUUGAUAUUAUAUAUUAAUAAAUCUAGGCUUCAACUUUCUUGUGGCGGAAAGUGUGUAUGGCAUAUACUUCGCCUUUGCUGCAGCCUAUUUUACAGUUUUGGUUGGAAGUUUGGCAAUAAUGGAACUGGAGCACUUACUGGAUUAAUGAAUAUUACUUUGGUAAUAAUAAAAAGCCGACUCGAAGGACCAACCGGAAAGAAAAAAAUGUAACAAAUAAUGAGUGCAACUUGUUUCGUGGAAGAUGUACGACAUACGAUCGAAAAAUUCGAUAAAUUGUUUCAAUGUGGUAAAAGGACAAGAUAGUUAAAAAAGGAAUACUUUAUUCUAGUUCUAAAUAAUUCUCACUAGCAAAGUUCCAUUAUUACCGAAGAACUUCAUCUAAAAACUGCUAAACAAGUUCAACAGACAGCUCAAGCCUUGCCACUAAAUUUUUUCAUUGGACCAUUUUGUUUCCUGUAGUAAAACUCGCUGUACAUUUACCAGUAGUGGAAGUGCCAACAACCGAACCGUUUAAACAAAUACACGACCUGAUUCUUGUGAUAGCAGCACACAUUCGAAUAUUUAGCAUUUCUGUGUACAGGAUAAGCUUAAGGAUGGUGCAUUUUUUAACUUUUACCAAAGUAUAUCACUUUUUGUUGCGGCGUUUAUAGUGUUUAGUGUCUCAAACCGUUUAUCCUGUAUACAUUUAGGUAGUCUACAUUUUAAUCACGCAGCUGGUGAAUAUUUUCGAGCAACAAGAGGAAUUGAUUAACAAAAUAUAAAACUUGGUAUGUCACGACCUCAAUAUCAACAAAAAAACCGACCACAAUAGUAUCUACCAUAAGAGAUGUUAUUCUUGUUUUGUGAUGAUUUAUUGGACUACGUUCACCUUCACUUCUGUCUAAAUAUAAAAUCCGGCUCGAAGGACCAAGUGAAAAACAAAAUAUAACGAAAAACUAGUGCAAUUUGUUUCGUGGAUGUACGACAUGCCAUCGAAAUAUUUGAGUGAGUAAAUUGUCUCUGUGGGAGCUUCAACUGACAUCAAUAACUGAACAAUGAGCGCUGGAACGUUCAUAGGAAGUUGUAGCGUCGACCACAGUGAUGAAUAAUUUUCCUUGUUGCUUGAAAGUAUUUCCACCAUUCACAAAUACUUCAAUCACUUCUUAUAUUUUUAUAUACGAAAAAAUUUAAUACCAGUGCUCAAUGUCUAAACUAUAACCAUUUCGGAUACCUUCUGCCUUUAAUGUUGGUACAGAGUGUUUGAAAAAUGCGUGUACAGGGUAUAUUUUUAGAAGCGGAGCUGAAAAAUCGUGUACAUAGGUAUAUAGAAAUAUAUUUUUUGAACACCCUGUACGUUUUAUUUGAUUUGCUCAUUAUGUUAAACUGUAUACUAUAUUUUAGUCGAUGUUCGUACUUAUAGGUAUUUUAAGUAUUUAUUGAUAUUUUUUGUAAGAAAAUCGUCCCCUUGCUGUAUUUUUACCAUUUAUAUCGUGCCUUAUACUGAUUCCAUAUAAUGAUGAAAGUAUAUAUAAAGUAAUUUUGUACUGUAUACGAAAAAAUUCUGCAAAUACAUCAAUAUACAAGUA